CAGUCAAGCAGUUCGCUGUGACCUGCAGACACUCGCCGCCAUGGCCUCUCCAUUGCUGCCGUUGUUAGUUCUUCUGCUUGGUGGUUGCUGCUGCUCCAUUGCUCACGGCGCAGAUGCACAAAGAUACUUAGUCGUAGCACCUAGUUCGCUCAAGCCAUCGGAAACCUGUUCAGGCCCUAAAGUUAGCCCAUCCAAAAACGGUGCCACGCUGCCACUAACCCACCGCCACGGCCCGUGCUCGCCGUCCAUCUCCAAAGAGAAGCCCUCGCUGGAGGAAACGCUCCGCCGGGACCAACACCGUGCCGCCUACAUCCACGCCAAGGUCUCGGGAAACGGCACCAAGGAGGCCCUCCAGCAAUCCGCCGUGACCAUCACGACCAGUCCCGGCUUCUCGCUCGGCACCGCCGAGUACGUGGUCACCGUCGGCGUCGGCACGCCGGCCAUGUCUCAGGUCGUGAGCAUCGACACGGGAAGCGACGUGUCGUGGGUGCAGUGCGCACCCUGUCCGGUGCGAUCGUGCUACUCGCAGAAGGACAUGCUCUUCGACCCGGCCAAGUCCUCCACGUACGCCGCCUUCUCCUGUGGCUCCACGCAGUGUGCGCAGCUCGGCGGUGAGGGCAACGGCUGCCUGAACUCGCAGUGCCAGUACAUGGUCCGGUACGCCGACAACUCCAACACCACGGGGACGUACGGAUCCGACACGCUGACGCUGACCUCGUCCGACGUCGUCAAGAGCUUCCAGUUCGGGUGCAGCCACCGCGCCGCCGGCUUCGUCGGCCAGAUGGACGGCCUCAUGGGGCUCGGCGGCGACGCGGAGUCCCUCGUGUCGCAGACGGCGGCGACCUACGGCAAGGCGUUCUCCUACUGCCUCCCGCGCCCGUCGAGCUCCGCGGGGUUUCUCACCCUCGGCGCGGCGGGCGGCGCGGCGGGCUUCGCGCGCACGCCCAUGGCGAGGUUCCGGAACACCCCGACGUUCUACGGCGUGUUCCCCCAGGCCAUCACCGUGGCGGGCGCCCAGCUCGACGUGCCGGCCUCGGUCUUCUCCGGGGCCUCCAUCGUCGACUCCGGCACCGUCAUCACGCGGCUGCCGCCGACGGCGUACCGGGCGCUGCGGGCGGCGUUCAGGAAGGAGAUGAAGGCGUACCCGUCCGCGGCCCCCGCGGGCAACCUGCUGGACACCUGCUUCGACUUCAGCGGCUUCAGCACCAUCACGGUGCCCAAGAUUGCGCUGACGUUCUCCCGCGGCGCCGUCAUGGACCUCGACAUCUCCGGCAUUCUCUACGGUAGCUGCCUCGCGUUCACGGCCAUGGGCCAGGAUGGCGACACUGGAAUCCUCGGCAACGUGCAGCAGCGCACGUUCGAGGUGCUCUACGAUGUCGGCGGCGGCAGCGUUGGAUUCCGUCCCGGCGCUUGCUAAAAUGCUAUACAUAUGGUGAUUUAUGUGUUCCUCGGCGAGAGCAAAUACUAGUAUACUUAAGAUCUCUGCUUUCAAGUCACCAAAAAGAAAGAUCUCUGCUUUCAGUAAUUUCAAGGAAACCGGAUAAAGUAGUGUAUUCCACAAGUAUAUAUGUACUUCACCGAAAUUCAUCAGAAUAAACAUGAAUCAACAUGUAAAUGCUGUUGACAGGCAAAGAUCUUAUUAAUAAGGUUCUAAAUUUGUUAGAGCAUGGAUUCAAAUUU